AUGACACUUCCCCUCAGGCUCACGCCAUUCGGGCUAGAGCAGAAGGGAGUGUACAUACAGCAGGACAGGCAUGAUGAGUACUACGAGCAGCUCCUGUACCCUUGCCACAAAAACAGCAUCACGGGUGAUUGUUGCUGCGUCAGCGCAUUGCUGCUGGGGGAUCAGAACGCUGGCAAAAGUGCUUUGCUGUAUGCAUUCGUUGCUGCUCAAGAUCCAAAGUAUACCGCUCUUACCUGCCUCCUGCCUAUCAUUCAGGCGGAAUUUGCUAAUAGGAGGGAGUUAUUCUCGAUGCAUGAUGCUGCCGCUAUUGCUUUAGAGAUAAUCCCUGCUGAUGGGCAAGUCAGAACGACCCCAGAGGGAGAUGUCCACCAAGGCUACGCUGUAUGUCGAUGUGGUGACGAACAAGAUGAGAAACAGCACUACAGUAGCUUAUCUUCAGCUUCAGCAUCAAGGGGAACCGAGAGAGCGACUGCAGAAGCAACAACGGCAGAAUUGCAGGAAACCGAUCCUACAGGGGCAGUAGAAGCACUGCUGUGCCAGUCCCGUGAUGAACUUCCCUUCUUGGACUCCGACGUAGCUCGGUCCGCUGCCUUGUUGACUGCUGAAGACUUUGCUUUCUUUUGCAAUGAGUUCGGUAUUCAUCAAGAGCAGCCGCGCGGACUCCGGCUCAAGGUAAACAAGAGUCGCUACGUAUUGCUGCAUUUUUUGGAAUUUGGUGGUGAUCAUCUGGAUCGCAUGAAUGCUUUCCUGCAAUUUCGUAGCUCCUGCAGCUGUGGCAACAACUGCAAUAACGAUCCCAGCAAAUGCCUCAACAAAUGUGCCUUCAGCAGCAACUGCAGAGAGUGCGACCAGGCAGCAGCGACUGCCCUGUUGCUGCAGGAACAAGACUGUAAGACGAAAGAAACGGCCGCGAAGGCGCCUUCUGCGCCUGUAACAUCACUGAAAGCAGCAGGAGUAAACGGAAUGGCAUCAGCCAGAGGAGCAGGACAAUCGAGGGCGAGAAGUGCCGCUGUCACAGCAGCCCAGGCCAGCCUUUUGGCUCAGUCUCUCCGUGCGUCCUUUUUGCUUGCUGCUGAAGCUCCGGUGGUUCUUUAUUUCAUAAACUGCAGCACAAUGUUUAUUGCUCGUAGCGCAUCGGGCACACCUGCAACAACUGUCUCUGUUAAACUCAACCCUUCGGCUUUCCUCACUUUGCUGCUACGACUUCAUGCCUGUUGUUUUGUUGGAAGUGGAAAGAGAUUAUUGCACUUCGUUUGCUCCCGCUUGGCAUGUCGGUCAGUUGCCGAUGUUUCUGCGGGAGGUGAAAUUCGGGCAAGUGCAGUAGAAGGGUGUUCAGAAAGCUCAACGGGCUGCUGCUGCAGCGGCUUCGACCAAGAAGAAAAUUUUCGCAUGGCUUUAGAAUCAUUGAAAACUUUUGUGUCGCGGCUUUGCUCUGACAAUGCUGCAAAUGCAGCAGCAGCAGCAGCAGUUGUCUCCGCCAGUGCUGCGGAGACUGUUGAGGCUGUGAGAAGAACUCUCGACCAGCCAUUUGAGUCAUUGUACUGCCGCUUUCUUGCAGAUGCUGGAAGCAGCAACAACAGUAGUAAUUGCGAGGGCCAGGGCAGAGUCGCUAGAAAUUGUAUUAGCUGGGUUCCGUUUGAGGAUUGCUGGGGAGUGUCGGCGUGCGCCCGCAUUAAGGAUGAAGAGGAGGCAUUGCAGCGAUGUGGUUCGGUCCGCUUCUUGCAGCGAUUGUUGAAUUUCGUUUGGGAUGUCUGCAUGACUCUUCCUUUCUGCACCACUUUCGAUUUCCGAGAUGUAUCAGCUGUUCGCAUCAUAGAAAGGAGGAGCCACCAAUACGGGGAAAGGGAGCAGCAGCAGUGCGCAGCUUGGGGUCCAUCCUGGCAGUUGUGUGUGGCUUCAGUAGUUCAGUUGCUGGCGCGAUUGCUCGCCCUACUAAGUGAAGCCGAAGAUCAUGCAAAAGAAGAGACGAAUAGAAAAGACGAAACAGAUAAGGAAGGCGGUAAGUUUGCGACAGCGGAUGCACUCCACUCGCGACCUGACAGAGCUACAACCUCGGAAUCAGAAACGUCAAAAUAUGGGAGUGGGGAGCUUGCAGCACCUUCUUGGAAAAUGCAGCAGUCACGUCAGCAGCAGUCACAACAGCGUCACGAGGUGCUGGAAGGAGAAAGCGGCCGACAGCUAAUUUCUUUGUUCUCCACUUGCGUCCAGCAGCGCAGGCAGCAGCAGCAGAGAAUGUAUCUGCCCGGCAAAGUAUGUAUAGACCUGUGGAUUUCGUAUACUGACUGGCAAGACUUCAUCUCUAACUUCGAUCCCGUGGAACAGCAGCAGCUGCAGCAGGAACAACAGCAGCGGCACCCCAAGCAGCAGCAGCAGUUCACGGUGUCUUCCACUGGCGAGGUUAUGACUACCGGCACACUUGAAAAGGAUUCCCUGUUGCUGCUGCCAGCUGCCGCUGCUGUUGCUGCGUUUUCAUCGCUAGCGGCGGCAUUUGCUUCCUUGGGGUGCUGCCUUCCUUGCUGUGCAGAUGGGGGCCCCUGGGGACCCCUUGCGGUGCAGCUGACUGUAUGCUUUGAAGCCACAGAAGCCCCCGUCGCGUUGCUUGUGCUCCCUGAAGUGCUUCAUGAACAUUUCGUUGCGAUUCAGCAGCAAACACAGCUGCGGAAGCAACAGGAAGUUCGUCUGCACCAGAAGGAACUUUUGGAGACGAGCGGGGGUGCUUGUCUUGCAGCAGUACGGUUGCCGUUCCAUCCGGCAGUCGCUCGGCUGGUUGACAAUGUAUUGAGCUAUUGCGUCAGAGAGCCACUUCCUGCAGACUUCUGGGAGGCCGGAGCAGGCGCUGCUGGAGCAGCUGCCGCUGUAGCAGGAGCUGCGGCGACUGCAGCGACCGCUGCUCAAGUUGGACACACAGUGCUUACGUUGGCUCGCCAGCGUGUUGGGGAGGCACUACAUGCAGCAGCGGAAAGCGUACAGGUACUGCUGCAUCAGCUGCAGCAAGUUACGCAUCGAGGAAAGAAUGAUGAGGCAUCAUUUGAAGACCCCCUCGUGAACUCUCUGCAAGUGCUGUUGCACCUUGCUGGAGAUGCAGUGCUUAUAGAGCAGAUAACGAAAGCCACUGAACCAACAAGAAGCUAUGGCCAGCAAAGUCAACUGCAACAAGGCAGCAACGGCCAGGGCACUUCCCAGUUCCACGCAGAAGGCCCCUUCUUCUCUCAGCAACAAAUAUUUUGGAUAGUAAACUUGCAGGCCCCAGCAGCAGCCUCAUCGGCAGCCAAAGCGGGAAAUAGUACACCGGGAGGUGAAACUACUAUCGAGAGGGACCGCUACGAUGCGCAGGCAGUCGACAAACGGGCUUUGCUGGAUCCUACACUGAAGCGUUUAAAUGGAAUGCUGGCUGCUUCUGGCUUGGUGGUGUUGUCAUGUCGGAACAAGCAGUCUUGUUCCUCUGACGUUCCUAACCUCAAACCCUAG